AUGACCCUCCACAUACCGUCGCAUGCCUUACCUCCCCGUCGCACACCAGCACACCAACUAUUUCUCCCACCACCACCACUUUCUUUCUCCCCAACCCUCCCCCACUCUUCCGAGGCACAGCACGGGAGCACACCACCAUGCUCUGCUGUACCACCUCCCCCUCCCCCUCUUGCAACCAUUCCUCCCUCCCAUUCAAGCCAUUCACUUCCAAAUCUCACAUUCUUCACAUUUGGAGUGCCAACAGGCCUUCCAAUUCCUGCCCAACUUUGUAAAGUAGCAGCUUGUAAACCAAUUAGGUUCGCCUCUUAUAGCGAAAUGGAGGCUCUUGCUCACGGCGUUUGCGCUGAUACUAGAAGGAUUGUCCGAAAAUGGCUACUGAACUGGGAAGAGUUAGGCGGCUUGGAGGAUGAUGGUGCAGAUGGGGAACUUGGCGGAUGGGACGAGAAUCCGGACAACCUGGAAGAACCUUCUGUUGAAUGGUCGGAUCAGCCAAGCCUUAAGACCGACGAUGUAGGUGAUGACUUAGGGCUCAGUCUCCAGCAGCUUCGGAUAAAAGACCCGGAGCAGAGCAAGCCAGAGCAACAAGAGAAAUGGUUGGAGCGACAGCAAGAAGAGCCGAUUCCUGUAGGAUCGGAGGCCCCUAAGGUCUCAGGAAGUCAGAACAUUGGACCGCCAUCUGCUGGCGUUUCGGGUCCCCCUCUUCCGACUGGGUUCAUUGGCGGAAUGCCGCCUCCUACGAUGCGCCCCAUGGGCAGCCAUCCCGGAGGUGCUUGGCCCGCUCCUCCUGGCCCCUUUCUUCUUCCCCCUAACAUGCCACUUCCGCCGAAUUUUGCGGGGCCGCAAGGCGUCGCCGUUCCGCCGCCGUGGCCUGCGCCAAAUGCGCCCUAUCAGCAACAGCAACCGCCUCCGUUACCACAGGGUCAGCAGCAACAGCAGCAGUUCAUGCAGCCUCCAGGGAUGCAGCAGCAGCAGCAGCAGCAGCAGCAGCAGCAGUGGGCGGGCGGCCCAGGCGCGUGGUCGGGACCAGAAGCUGCGGCAGGUCCUGGUGCUCCUCCGGUUCAAGGGGGGCAGGUUAUGAUGCCGACGUCAGUCCCCAUGUCUGGCGGGACGGGCCCCGCGCGGUCUAUGGCCAAUGCUCAUGGCGGCCCUGGAGCCGGUGGGUUUUCGGAAGGGGGUGGUGGUUCACCGGGUAUGGUGAGGUCGCAGUACAUGAGUGUGGAGGAAAUGCAGUCCAUCAUCCGUAUGCAGUGGGCCGCUGUUCAUGCCGGGGAUCCGUAUGUGGACGACUACUACCAUCAAGCGGUGGAGCAGCGCAAGGCAGCGGCGGCUGGCAUGCGUCUCCGCCACUUCGCGCCGGCUACCCUCCAGCCGCCCGGGAGCUUGCAACGAGGCAACGGGCAGCAGCAGCAGCAAUCCACAGUCGCGUUCGUUCCGAUUCAAGGUCUGGGUCGAGUUCCUAUUCCCUCCAUUCGCCGUCCGCGCCCGUUGCUGGAUGUCGAGCCGCUUGCUUGCCUGCACUCUUCGUGGCACGAAAGCGGGCCGGGAGGCAAGGGAGAUGGCGUUGGUCCGGAUGGGCGCCAGCAGCCAGUGCGGCCGCUGGAGCAGGAGCCUAUGCUAGCGGCGCGCAUAGCCAUUGAGGAAGGCAUGAAUGUGCUUCUUGAUGUUGAUGACAUUGACCGACUCUUGUCCUCACCCCAGCCGCUCCCACCGCACGCUGCUGCACAGUUACAUCGCACGCGCCACUUGCUUCUGGAAACCCUCGCGGCCUCACUCCAGCUGUCGGAUCCUCUCAUUCCCGGAAGCCCGCUUGCUCCCAUGCAUGAUGUGCGCGCCGCGGCCUCCGCUGCUGCAACUGCUGUCGCUGCUGCUGGACCAACUGGCGGCUGGGGGGAAAGGAGUGGAGGUAACAGGGGGUUGUCUAGUGUUGUUCCUCCAGAGGAUCGCAUCCUGCUUCUUGCUGUGUUCCGGCACUUCCGCAUUCUCUUUUCCCCAUCGGCAGUAGGUUCUGCCCCACCUGAGCCUCCAGCCACGCCUGAGGCCGCCGCCCUCUCACUCCCUACACAAGUCAUUCGAGCCAUGCAGAGCCUGUCUUCGUUAGACGUUGCUGCUGCAUGCCUUGCAGCAGUUGUGCUUGCUCCCGAGGCUCCCCCUUUUGCCUCGCACACACCAGCAGGACUAGCAACAGUGCAGCAUAAGGAUUCACUGCUUAGUUGGCGGAAGAGGGUUACUGUGGCAACUGCGACACUGUAUGUGGUGGCUGUGUGGAAAAUGUG